GUGAGUGAGUGAAGUGCGUGCGUGCGUGCGUGCAUGCUGAGGGGCGAUGAAGCAACCAGAGAUGCUGGUGGCCGAGAGUGCAAGAGCCACGCCGCGCCGGGGCCUCGUGGGGGGGCCAGACUUUGAGUUUUUCCAGCGUCGCUAUUUCACGCCGGCCGAGGUGGCCCAACACAACGUGCCGGAAGACCUGUGGGUGUCCUACCUGGGCUCCGUGUACGACCUGACGCCGUUGGCUCACAAGUACAAGGGAGACCUGCUGCUAAAACCCAUCGUGGAAGUUGCGGGCCAGGACAUCAGCCACUGGUUCGAUCCGAAGACCAGAGACAUCCGCAAGCACGUCGAUCCGCUGACCGGUACCCUGAGAUACCGCACCCCCCGGGGCCGCUUUCUGCACGUCCCGCCUCAGCUGCCGCGUUCGGACUGGGCCAAUGAUUUCGGGAAGCCCUGGUGGCAGGGGGUGCAUUAUGAGGUGGGGCGGCUGUCUACCAAGACCCGCAACAUCCGCAUCAUUAACACGCUCACGUCGCAGGAGCACGCGCUGGAGGUGGGGGCCCAGGAAUCAAUGUGGGAAAUCCUGCACCGCUGUCUCCCCUUUAAUGCACAUGCUGCCAGCUAUACAUGGAAAUAUGAGGGGAAGAAACUGAACAUGGAUUAUACCCUGGAAGAGAAUGGGAUCCGGGACGAGGAUGAAGAAUUUGACUAUCUCAACAUGGACGGUACAGUCUACACACCUGCAAUACUGCUCUACUUCAACGACGACCUCACAGAGCUGUAG